GGGCUAGUGGAAGGUGUCCCUGCCCAUGGCAGGGGUUGGAACAAGACGGUCUUUAAGGUCCCUUAUGAAUGAAGGUCUCUGAGAGAGGGAAGGAUUCUGUUGGACAUAGCUACCAUUCAAAGUGCUCUUUGCAUCUUUAGUCAGCUGGGCACCUAUGGACCAUCAAUCACCCCUGUACGAGUCUUGAAAGAGGCUGUGGUCCCUGCCAUACCAGCAGCAGAGGAUCAAGCCCUUUAGUUCAUCCUCUGUAUUUUUUUCCCCCAUUUUUCCUGACUGAAAGUUGGUUUUCAACUUCUUCAGGGUCUUCGUUCCAGGAAGGAUGGUCAGGACUCUAUAGACAGCAAAACCAUGACGGUUUUUAUUGUCAGCAGAAAUACAAAUAACAAUCAGUUAUAGUUACCUCCCAUUUACCAUCUCAGGAAGAAUCUGGGAGCUACUGGAUGAGCCAUAGAAAUAUCAGGCAAAGAUGAACUUGUAGGCAUGGAGUGCAUGAAAAUCAGCCUGUUCUACACAGGGAUAGCUUUGCCUAGUCUAUGAAACAUUAUUGCAACAAAAUUGGAACAAUCCAGUCAGGUCUUGCGAUGAGACGUGUGAUUUAUGAGGGUAAAGCCAACUCAACAUCAUCUUAAUGACACCCUAUUAAAUACACAUUACUAAAUUUGAUAUGUCCAGGAGCACACUGCCUGAGAGACAGAGCUCCCAUCUAAUCCAGUGGCUUCUGCUGAUUUUUGAGCAUAUUGCACAACCAGAGGAAAAGAGCACCCCUGUGCUUAGACCUGCCCUGCCAGAGCAAGGAAGGGAAAUGGUGUAAGACUGCCUGUCCUUCAUCCACCUAAGUUUCUGUGAGAUGACCUUUCCAAUGCUAAUGAGGCUGAGUCAGAGCAUAAGGAGUGGCAUGAAUAAUUCUUCAGCACGAAAAAGCAAUAAACAUACAUACACGGUUCUGAGAGCUUAAAUUGCUUUCGCUUAUCCUGGGAAUGUCUGUCCCCCAAGGUAAAUGCCACCAAACAAUGCUGGAUUCCUGUCAAAGUGGCAGCUGAAGGCCAUUCUGGGAGGAUGACUACUGGUGGUUCAGCAUCUGACAGCUUGGCAAGUUCAUUUCUUCAGGAUUCAGGCAGCAGUUCAAGUUGGCCUCUCUCAGCAGAGCUCAUUCCAGGGACUGAGGGGUGGAAAAUCCCUUGUAUUUUAACUACUUUUGACACCAAACUUCUAUCUCCUCUUGAAAAUGGGAAGGUGACCUGUAACUUGAUUUCUGCAUAUGAGGAGAUAACUCUUUCCUGUGUCUGUAAGGUUUUGCCCCAAAGAUGACAAAGUUCACAGAAUCACAGAACGGUUUGAGUUGGAAGAGACCUUAAAGAUCAUCUUGUUCCAUCCCCCUGCCAUGGCCAGGGACACCUUCCACUAGAAGUUCUCCCAUGCUGCUUUCAUGGGAAUCACAUGAGGACAUGGCAUAGAUAUUUUGCUUAUAAUCUUGGCUUAAGAUUUUCAUUUCCAUCCUUCCGAUGAACAACGGCAGUGAGAGGAAUGAGCAGCUGGUUUAUUGAUAUUGGAACUUGCUCCUCUGUGCUCUGUGACCAUGCAAAAUCCAUGGCUUGGGCAGCACUCUGCAUCCAAGCAGGGCGAUGCCUGGUGGUGCUGCAGGUGAUAGCAGGAGUACAGGGGAAUUUGGGAGGACCAUCACAGCAUCCUGGAAAGCACCCUUGAGCCUGCACAGGGGACCUGCUCCAUUAGAUGGUCAACUGAAGUUUCUAGGAAUGAUAUAAUCAUGUGGAGGGGAGACCAGGCUUGAAUUACAGAGUCAAUAGGCAUCGUUUGGAGGAACACAGCUGAGGUGUAAACAGAUAGCAGCACCGGGGUGAACCGGAGUUCAUCUGCAUCGCAGGGCACUGUGCGUGGCACCAACUGGGUUUCAUGCAGAGUAGCUGGGUGGAUAGGGCAGCCAGAGAGCCCCUGUACAAGUGGGGCAGUCAGAAGGUUGUGUGUUGGUGUCUAAAGCAGGGCAAUAGGUUAUCAGUCUCUGGGGCAAACUGUCAGUCUGAGUUGCUGGGCUGGGUCCUGGAGAGAUGUACGGGAAAAGGGACCACUGAUUCCCACAGCAGAACUUCUGUGACUCCCACUGAGGCACAGAAACCACCAUCAGCCACCUAAAACGCUCCAUCAGGAGGGAGAGGUGCCUUGGCAGUGGUGGGAUUGGUCUGAUGCCUCUGGGGGAGAUCAGCAGAUCAUGUACACACUGUGGGUACCAGCGGACCCGCAUCCACCUCCCGUUCAUCCUCAGCACGCUCCCCCCUCAUCUGCUGCUCAAACUGCUUGGUCUGUGCCACCAGGACUGCUGGGUGGGAGGUGCCUGGUCUCUUAUGAGUGCUCUGCUGUUUGGAAACGUGAAGCUUGGAGAGGGGAACUGAAUUGAAAGGCGGCGUUUCAGGGUCGUGUUCUCUGGCGGCGCAAAUCAGCCCAGCCUCAAUUAAUUCAAUUAGCAGUUCUGACCCCGGAGUUAUAAAUAUUGGUGAGUGUGCUGCUCUGAGCACUGUGGCAGCAUGCAGGAGAUUUAAAAGGAGCUGUUUUCCCCCCCUCAUCUCCCCUGGUUUUUCAUAGGCAGAAUUCAAAGAAAUGCUAAGAAAACAGUUGUCAGUCUUUGGGUCAAAGUUCUGGAGCCAAACAUCAGUUGUGCUGAGCAUUCCUGUCCUCCUGCAUCUCAGAGCAACCCUCACUGUUUGCACUAGGCUGUCAUGUUCAAAGGACCCUUUUCACAUCAAAAAUACCCCUUGAGUUGGAUUAACAAAUGACAAAUAAGCUGCUCCAAGUCCUCAUGGGAAUCCUAAAGGAUAUACCAGUGUGGGGACAUACAGGGACUUUCAUUUUUCCUUAGAGGAAAUCCUGUCACCUCCUGUGCAUGGAGAAUUGCAACAGAAGGGUCCAUAUGGAUUCACAAAAGGAAUGUAUCCUGUUCAUCCUCCACAAAUGCAUUGAAGUGCCAGAAGGUUUUUGUGUCCAGUCUUUUGAUUUUUUUUUUUUUUUUCUGGAGGGGCUGCAGGUCUCUUCCCGGGCAGUGAUAGUCAGAAAACCAGGAAGACUGGAUGUCAUUUACAGUCCUUUCCCACAGGAAAUUGAGGGCCAUCACAAUCAGGGUCAGAGACUGAAGUAAAAGCCACAGUAAUAACCAGUCUUUCAUUUCUAGCUCACUAAAGUAGCUUCAGGUAAAUCCUAUUUAUAAUAGAAAAAAGUUUCAAGUCAACUUUGGCCAAGUGGCAGAAAUCCCAGAUUGGCAAAAGGUUUGAAAGGAAAGAAAGUAGUCAUUUUUAUGCCACUUUCCCCUCAAAUAUGCCCAUAGAAAACAGAAAGGAAAGAUAAGAAAUGACUGGUCUUCAUUCUGCCUUUACUCAGAGUUUCCUUACCUGCAUUUAACAGUUGACUACAACAGCAAAUAUCAACAUGAAUGAUGGCACAACAGCAGCUGUAGUUUAGAUACCCAAGUCUGUAUUUUAGGAGAAAGGUACCUGGAGCCUUUAUCCUUUAUUUUCCCAGUUCUCCAUCUCAGCAAUAGCAAAAAAUGCAGCAUAUUCUCCUGCCUUAUAUAAUUUUUCACCUGAUGAUGACCCUCUGUGGUCCCCUCCAGCCUGACCCACCCUGUGAUUCUGUGAGCUGGUUUUCCACCAGAGGUGUCUGCCUCCCUCUGAUGACCCCCCAGGUUUGAACCAACUGCAAAUUUAAACACUUUACAGAGGUGGCAAAAAUUCAUUUCAACAAAUCAGGGCUCAGAUUCACGAAAGGCAACUCUCUUUGGCCAGUUGCAGGUAUUUUCUGCAGCUGUGUUAAGAUCCUAAUUUAGAAGUAAUUCAUGAAAUUACUAUUAAAGACUUGGUGUCUUAUACAGAGACUGUGGAAUGAGGGGCAGUCUCCAGUGAGACAGUGUGAACAUCUUCCCUCCCAAGGAAGGUGGAACAGAAUCAGAGAAGGUGGUACUUGUGCAUCCUUCAGGGGUGGUUUGAACUUGUCUGAAGGAUAUGGGUGUGAAUAUCCAUCUUGUGUGAGAAGGCAAGGGCCUUCCAGAAGUGCUACAGCAAACAAGAGCUGGUGGUGAAAACGAAAUCUGGGAUGGCAGGUCUGAUGCCCAGCCCUGGUUGCUGGGUUGUUAUCAGCUCCCUUUCAUCUGAUGGCUCCCCACGUUUUCUUUAGGGAAGAGACCAAUCUGCAGUGCAACCACACCGAGGUGUUCUGCCUCCACUGCCAGAAAGCUUGGUUUUUUGCUUUUUAUUAAUUAGAGGAGUUGAGUGACUGCUUCCAAUGCAGCGGUGUGGCACAGGUGUCCUGUGAAACACAUAGGCCCAGGGGAAAGGUCUGACCUGAGCCUCAGCUGGUGUCCCCUGGCAUCAGACCAACCACACCUGCUUAGAGCAGCUGAGGGAGCUGGUCUCAUGUGUGCAAAGCUAAGCUGUUUGCCUAAAGGGCAGCCUCAGCUCGGCUGAAGGACUUGCUUUAGGAUGAGGUGGAUGGUUCUGAACUUCCCAUGCAGUUUUUGCAACAUUUGCAUCAGCUUGCUGGUGUAAGUCUCGAGAAAGGGGAAAGCCAAGCCUUCCCUGGUGACUCCCAGGAUGCAUGUGCUCUUUAACAGCCCCAGAAAGGGAAUGCUGGAAUUUCCUGGAGGGAGCAUCCGAUCAUCUUCCCAGAGUCACCGAGUCCUCUGACUCUCCUGCAUCGUCAGAACGAGCAGAAACCCAAGCGUGCCAGGGACACUGAGACUCAGAUGGUCUCUGCUCCCUCGAGUUGUGGCACCCAGCCUACAGCUGGGGAAAGGCAGCAUAAUUCUGCUUUGCUGCCUUCCCCUGUUUGAAGCCUCCAGCCUGGAGGAUUUUUGUUCAUCAGCUCCUCAGCACGCCGUGUUUCCACAGGAAAAUUCAGCGGUUGCGAUGCUGACGGGAGUGACGCUUUAAUUUUAGCAGACACCUCCUUUCGGUGUGUGGGAAGGCAGGGUUUUGCUGUGCACUGAAGUGCACAACAGGGCUGCUAUCGAGCACUCCCUUACUGGUGUGGAUGAGGAGCAGCACAGCUCUAAAAUCAACAAAGCUGAGCCCAGUUUAAACCAGUCUGCUUUCAAAGUCUUUACUGGGGGCAUUUUGCAUUUGCUGUCCCAAGUGACAAAGCGAGUCCCGAGGGUCAUGUUUUCUCUGGAGCCACAUCAGUUUGUAUCUGCUGAGCCCCUGACUUGGGAUGCUUGUUCCACCAAGUGUGUCAGACUGGCUGCCCUGUUCUGCAGCGAAUGCCUGAAGACUCGUGCCGUGCCUGGAGCAAUGAAUAACAGCAGGACUUGAGGACACCAGUGACCAAGUGACAGAGAUCACUCUCUGGGGAAAGAAAGGACUUCUUGGAUCACCUCUGCAGGGAGGGAGAGAAAGGGGAAGGGAGGGAAGAACAGCGCCUGAAGCUCCCCGUUAGAGGAGCUGUGCAAGAGCUGGUGCAGAGGAGGAUGAGUCACCUUCAGGCUUUGGCUUGGGUGGCAAGGGAAGCGCUCCCACCUCCAGAACGCCUCCUGCUUCUGCUUUGUCACUGCCUCUCCUCGCCCAGGCUCUGCAGUGACCCCGGGUUCCCUGUUCGGAGGGGACAGUGGCAGUGCCACCCUCGUGGGAAAGCACAGCCCCUAACGGGGGAUCCCACGGUGCCGCCGUGCCCUGCCCAUCCGCGGCUGUCCCAGCGCUGGCCGGGGGCUCUGGGUACCACUGCCUCCCUCAUGUUUUAUGCAUGGUUACACCCACGGCGCUGGGGGAGGAAGCACCAGCGGAUCAAAGCCUCUCCAUUUCUUCACUUACUUGCUUGCAUUUUAUGAUCCACAGGGAGAAAUUAGCUCGAGGAGCCCUCAGACCCGCGUAUUGGCAGCACUGCCAUCGAUGUACAGGACUGGGGGCAUUUCUCUUGCCUGACUGGAACCAUGGCACUUAGGCACAGAGUCUCAGUUAAUUGUCCAGGCUCUUUCUUCUGUGAGUACAAAUCCCAGGCACUGCUGACUGGUGAUUCAUGGCAGAUCUGACAGGCACAGUGACUCACCCCCUAACAAUGCCGCUUUGCCUCCACUGGCUGUGGGUUUGCUGAAAGACGUGGAACUUUCAGGUGGGUGAGCUUAGGUGAGAUGAAUCUCAUCCCAGGAAGCAAUUCCUGCUGCCAUCCCUUACCUUCCUCUGCAAACACCCCCCGUGCAAGGUGCAGUGGGGAAAGGUGCCCUGCAGUGUGAAGCAGCAGCUCUGAAAUGGGUGCUGUGAAAGGUGGGUGGCUCUGCCCACGUACCCGUGGCCACCUGGUGAGAGAGCAACUAUCAGAGCUGGAGCGGCAGCCUGAGGGGUGCCAGGAGAAGAAAACCACCAGUCUGAGUGCCCACUUUGUUUCUACCCACAGAGGUUCAGUCACAGACUGAGAUCUCGGUGGUUUCUCUGACAUCCACACCAAAGCUUUAUUUAUACACGAAGAAAAUUCACCUACCAGAGCAGAGCAGAGUGAUCAGAUGGCCAAAUCAACACGAUAAAAAGCCCACUCCAAAACAACCUCCCCCCCAACAUCAUAAACAGCACUGUUGUUUUGGAAAUACCCAUCUCUUAGGACUAGUUUAGAAUAGAAAAUUAUUUCUCUAAUAGCAUUAGACUUUUUUUUUUUCAGAUUACCAACAGCAGGGAAGAUGUCAGAUGCGCUGUAGCUUCAGAUCAAAUGCACAAACAUGCUAGAUGUGAAUAUUUAUUUUUAAAUUUCUCUUUAUUCCUAACCUGAAACCAGCUGUCUGGGUGUUUGUUCAGCAGAUCCCACCCUAAAGAAUAUUAUACAAGGGAUCAGAGCUUUAAAGAGUGCUGAGGAAAGUUGUUCACUUUCAUAGAUGGUUUAUGAUUUCACUAUUCAGAGUUUUCUCUCAUUAAACUGCCAAGCAGUUGCUUAUUUGAACUCGUUCUGCCAUUGGCAGAAAGUUGUCUUCAGAAGCUGAAAUUAAAUAUGUAAAAACUUCUUUAAAAUCAUUCUGUGGGUUUGUACUCGUGGUACUGUUGUGUGUUUUCCCAAAUGUGCAGCACAUUACAGGCCUCUAGUGGCAGAAAUGAAAAAAAUCCACAUUAGGAUCCAUCCUAACUGUAGCAGUUCCCGAUGGUCCUUAACUCCAGACUUAAUAAAUUGCAUAAUGCUUCCUGCUCAUAGGUUUGGCCUGCUAGUUUGCUCGCUGGAGGGAAAUGGGAAUCCUGCAGAGGUCAGAGAUACCGGUGACAAUUUUCUGUGAAUUUGAAAAACACAAUGAGAAAGGAAACCAGGUUAAAAAAAAAAAAAAAAAAAAAGGAGAAAAGUACCUGGUGUAUAGUCCUACUCUUGCCAAAAAAGGUAGAAUGCUGUGAGCCUGGCAGGUUUCAACCAAGACACACCAUAUCUGCCUUGCCACCCGUUUUUCUGCCAGGUCUGUGUGCCUGGACCCUGUCAGUCCAUCUCAAAGCCUGGUUGGUGCCACCUCCCUGGCGAAUUCCCAGGUGUCAGCUGUCCAGCAGCUUUCUCCUUUCAGUCCUUGUAAAGGAGCAUCCCAUCCUGCCGGGCUGAUCUCACUGCAUUUAACAUUUCAUUGGCUCAGCACAAAUUUAUUUGUCUUGCACAAAAGUACAAGGCGGUGACUGUGCAAUUCCCAGAGGGUUGAUGGGUUUGGUGGGUUUUUGUUUGUUUAUUUGUUUGUUUUUGUUGGUUUUUAAAUUACAAUUUUUCACUAAUAUAAAUAAUAAUAUUUUCAAACUUUCAAAGCUUCAUUUCUGAGAUAGAAUGUGAUAUGAAGUUAUACCUCCCAAGGCUGUGUUUCUAUAACAUGCCCACUGCCUUCUUCCUUCUCGAGCUUGAGUUCAAAAGGAGCUGAGAACUCCAGAGGGAUGGUCUGGAGGAUGUGAAGGUAGGGAUUCCUGUGCUUUGGAUAGUAUUAAAAGGAAGGUAAUCUUGAAACUUGAAGAGGAUUGGAGGUGGUGGUGGUGGGGAAAUUACAUCAGCUGGGAAUACCUGCAUAUGCUAAACAGUGAUGGUUACAAGGUCAGGGGUUGUUAUACAGUGUCUCCAAGGACUACUAUAUGUAAAAAAACAAAAGUGAGAUGUGUCAGAAGUGAUCAAAAAUUCUAAAGAUAAAUUAUUCCACUCCCUUUUGCACUUUGGUGUUCUUUAUUGGACAGUGAGUUAGUCACUGGGCACUGCAUUUUAGUGGAGAGGUAGGAAAAUGUGGGGGGCUUCAGAAGAGAUACUUCUUGCAGCAGGAGGAGGGGAAUUCCUGCAUGUUACCCUGGCUCAUUUGCUGCCACCUUUACCAGGACUGCACUGGCCAGCAGCAGCAGUGACAGUAAUGAUGCUUCCCAUGAACAUACUGUCUUUAUGUGAGGUUCUCUAAGGAUAUGUAAACACUAAUUAAGCCUCCUAACACCUCAGGGAGCUCCAAAGGGUUCACAUCACUUACUUCUCUGCAGCUGUUUGACUGCACAUGGCCCUCCUAGUCACUGACUGAGGAGCCUGCCAGAACUGGAGUCACAGCCUCAUUCUUUUCAUGCAAUACAUGGAGGGGGAGUAGCAUUUUUUUUCUCCACUCUCUUUUCACAGGAUCACAGGAUGGUUUGGGUUGGAAGGGACCUUAAAGAUCCUCUUGUUCCAAGUCAGGAACACCUUCCACUGGACCAGGAUGGCCUUGGGCACUUGAACACAGUCAUUGCUGUGAGAACAACAUAUAAAAUCCAGCCAAAGUUCUCUGCAGUGGGCAACUCACCACUCUUUCAGUGUGAAUGAAGGCACACAUUGCCUCAGUAAAGAUUCCCUGUCACCGUGCCUUUUGUUCUGAGUCCCCUUCACCCAAGGCAAAGUCUUCUAUUUCACACAGGCAGAGAUUCAGGGUGGACCGUGAUAAAACUGAAUCUUUUUUUGCCAUUGUAAGUGUAAGGCAGUUUCAGGGAGGUUUUUGCUGUUCUCCAAACAGUAAUUGCAUCAGGAGGACAGAGAUCAGAACGUUCUGUACUACCUAUUGGCUACACAAUCCACCAUUAGAAGUUGGAAAGUCGAACUGCUCAUUUUCUGGCUCCUAUAAAUAUCUGCUCUAUUUGGCUUCCAGAUCACUGGGAGCAGAUGUACCAGAUCAUUAAGGGAGCAAAGAGGAUUUUGCAUCCUCAAUUUUUGUUGCUACCAUAAAUACUUUGGUGGUCACUGCAUGGGGAAUGCAGAGCUUGCAAUCUGCAUGUCAGACACGAUCGAGUGCUUUGCAGACAUGGGCAGGGGAAAGGCAGGAGCAGGCAAAACGGGAAUAAAAAGCGAAGUGGGAAGAGCUGGGGAGACAUCACACCCUGGUUUGGCAGUUGCCUGCUCACCACCACCUGUCAGGGAUUUUCAGGCACAAUAAGAGUGAAAGAUUUGGUGACGAGGAGGAGUGAGAGACAGCAGCCUUAUUAAUUUCUGUGGGGAGCCUUCUCCAGGAGUGGGGCUGGAGCAGAGGGGGAUGGCAGCAUGGUACCAUCACAGAGAGAUGUAGGUAAGACUAAUUUAGCAGGGACAUCUUUGCAGAGGGGAGAUGAUAUGGGUGUCUCCCAGGUGAACAAGAAGAGGCAGGGAUGCCUUAGAUUUUCAGAAUCGCCGUGAGGCUGACAGAUGUUGGUGUGGUAAUGCAGAGCAUCUGAUUGUAAGACCCAAAUACACAUCAUUUUCUUUCAACAGCAGCAUUUCGGUUCCAGGAGCAUCCUCCCUCCUGUGGUGGGAGCCCCAGCCAUUUGCAGGUGGCCUGCACAACAUCUGUGCCCCAUUUGUUCCUCUCCUCAGCUUCUGAAGUGAAGUCUGGUUUGACUGGCCUGUUUGGUCAGCGGGGUGCAGAGGGUGGAGGGACAUCAGAAGGCAGGGGAGAGGCAAAGGAAGAGAGAAUCCCUUCUCCAAGGGCAGUGGGUGUUCAGUGGCAAGUUCCAGUAUGUACUUUCCCCUCCUCAGGAACAGCUGGUCGGAAUUAAUUUCUCAGUUCAGUGCUGUUGGUGGGUUUGUGUGGGAGUGAAAUGGGAGAGAAAAUUCUCAAAAGGACUGAAGCAUUCAAGUAUUACCAAGAGAGAGUUUUUAUAAAGAUUUUAUAUUCCCUUGAUUGCAGAUGGGAAAGCAAGAGGCAGGGAUCACCAUUUCAGAUCAAGCAGCCACAGCACUGCAGUCUCAUUAGGUGGAUGCUUCACUGGUUAUAUCAGGAAUUAAAUGUGUGUUCUGCCCGUGGCUCAGGCAUAUUGGAGAUGCUGUGAGGUGGUUCUGGGCUUGGAGUUCCAUAUGCUGCUUAUACCAGAGGCCCUGGAGAAUCUGGUUCAUUCUGUGUUCUUUGUAGAGCUCUAGGACUAGAACAGUGCUCCUGGAAUCCCUUGGAUUGGGGCUUCUCCCUCCACUUUUAUUGCCCUGAUUCACAGUCCAUCAUCAGUGCCUCCUUCUCUAGCAAACUGAGAGAGAGGCGCAAGUCCAGGGGACACCUCUUUUCUAAGACUGACAUUUUGAGUUAUGGCAGAUAAGUAGGUUACUAGAGGAUCCUGUUUCUCUCUCCAACCAUUCCUGGGUCCUGGAGUCAUCAGUUCUCCUUCUCUUCCUUUUGGCUUCUCAUGUCUGGCCAAGAUUUUAGCACAGAAACCUCUUUGCUGCCACGAUGCCCAAGGGCUGCAGGGUUUUUUUUUUAAUAAGAGGCUGUUAUUACCCAACUGGUCAAGACAUAUUUUUGAGCUCGCUUCUGGGAGGUUUUCGAGUGAUGUUUGGGAUCAGCAUGAAGUCACUUCUCCUUGCCAGGCACAGUCAAACUUUGAAACAACACUGAUUCAAGACAUGCUGAAUGAACAGUAGAUUUGGAGAUGGAAGCCAAAGGUUUCUGAGUUCUCUAGGCUUAGGAGAUUUUUGGGAAUUCUGGACUGAGGCUGAGUGACUUUUUUGAGACUUCAGAAUAAACUUCACGUAUCGCAUGCGGAGGAAAAAUCUCUGCUGGUAAAAUUAACAUUCUUGUUUUUAGGACCGUAAUUUACACAAGAGCUGCUGUAAUCUUCCAGUCCUGUGCACAGAGACAGGCUGCUCAGUACCUCUGCCAAAUCUGUCUUCCUGUAAUCUGUUCUAAACCUUCUAAAGGCUCUGUGCAAUUGGUUGCAAUGAUGCAUAAGUGAGGCAAUCGAGAAACAGAAUCCCUGUGCCAGAAGGAGCUUCUUCCUUCAACAGCUUCACUGUGCAUCUUAAGGACUUCUGUUUGCUCUAAAUACAUGUGAGUUUGGACUUUUUCGUGCAUUAUCCCACAGGUGGCUGUAGACCUUGUUUAGCAAGAGUGCAGAUGUAGAUGUGAGCUGAAUAAGAGAUUUGUGUGCUUUUUGCCUUCCUUCCUAUCCUGUGGCAUCCACAGCUCUGGCAUUUACAUCUCACUGAAGCCGCUUUCAUGCAGGGGUUAAAUUACUCGUCCUUUCAAAAUGCAAAAAUUGCAUUGUCUAGAAGUCCUCAGAAUUGUUUUACUGUUAUUUGUUAUUGAUAAUGAUUUCAUGGCAAACACCUGUAAUAUAUGCAGGACAGAGGCAGGUUUUAAAUUAGCUAAAAUAUGCCAGCUUUUAAAUCUCUGAUGGAUUUUUCUGAGCUGUCACACACUGUGCACAAAGGAGUUGCUUGUUACUAUGGCUGGAAUCCGUGUUCCUGCAAUUCCCUUUUUUCUUGACAAGUCACUGAAUGGAAAACCCAAAUUCACUUGGGCAUUCAGAGCUUCCCUAAUACUAUUCCAGUGAAGGAGCAAAUUUUUUUUUUUCUUUUCUAUUGAGUUUUUGCUGAAACUGAAAGCCCUGAGGCUUUUGUGUGUGGUCCCUGCAGAGCUGCCCUCACAGUUGUGCUGUCAUUCAUCAAAGGACACCCAUUCCUGGAGUGUAAAAGUACCACGUUACUGAUGUCAUCUCUCCAUCUGCCAGCCAGGCUAGUGAACAUCUGCAACAGCACCACUGGGAAUGCUUCAGCAACAGGGCAUGUUUUAAAACAUGAAAUAUGCUUCAUGGUAUUUGGUUUUUUUAAAGAAAAUCCAGUUUAUGUGAACAAUACAAUGAAAUUGGUGAAAUUGCCCCAAAUGAAAUUGGUGAAAAUUCACUUCAGCUGAUUUUUUUUCACCAGGGUAAAAAAAGAAGUUCGAUGGAAAAGUUUGUGUCUGUAAUGCUGAGUCUUCUACAUCAAUAUAAAUAGCUCAGCAAACAUUAUUUGAGGUUACCAGAUAGACAUAUUUAAAAAAUACAGUCCUAUCUACAUGUAAGAGAUAGAAAGGGUUGGUCUGAUUUAUGACUUCCCCUGAUCCACACAGAUAAAUCACUGAAUCUUUUUAAGGACUGGGGCACCAACGCUAUAGAAAUGAUCCCUGUUGGUUCAUGAGCAAUCAGAAAACUUCAACUUUUUAAGAAGUUCAGAAGAAAAAAAAAAGGUGUGUAAAAUUCACCAUCACUGUCUCCCUGAACCAGAAUCAACAAAACCCUGGAUCAACAAUAUGGUACUAAAAGGUCAGUCAAAUCUUUUCCUAAACUGGAUUGCCCUUCUGACUCCCCAGAAUUCAAAACCUUCACCCUAAAUCACCUUUCCCAAAAGCAUCUGUUCAAAUUCUUUCAUAGUUUCCACAUAUCAUGGAAACACAGUAAUUGUCCAGCACCAUCAACAAGUGAUGUGGUUCAAGGAAAAACUACCACCACAUGAUAUGCCUAAUUCCCAAAGCUGCUUUCAAAAGCUAAUCUUUGGUGCCUUGCCCUUCAGAGACGCUUGUGAUGCAUCUGAUGACAGGCACAUGGCAAUGGUACGAGAAAUGGGGCUACCCUCGUUUUUUGGGGGAGUUCUGCUAAUAAAGUGUGCUCACUGGGAGAAUUAAAGGACAUCUCCACAGCCCAGGGGCAGGUUCACCCCAGGUGACCACGUUUGGUGACCCCAUCACUCGGCUUUGAGCUCUGGUGGGUGGGGAUUGGGUUGCAGGGUGCUGGUUCUGCCUUGGCACCUCCACAUGGGAUUGAGUCACAGGCACUGCACUCACGGACUGCACCUGCUGCUGACGGUGGCUCUCUGCAUUUUCCCUUGGUGUGGCUGCUGGAGAUCGCAGUGGGGGACAUUUGGUAUCGCUGUCAAAUCCCUCAAAAUAUUUUCCUGUGUCUUUGAAAACAAUAAGGGUUUUCAAGUACCUUUAAAGGCAAAAAAUGUGACUCCCCCCAGGGACAGGGGCUGGAUAUGAGGGGUGAGUCCAGCUGAGUUUUCUCUGCCUCCCCUGAGUGAGUGUGAGUGUUCCCGCUGUUCUCUGCUCCCUCCUUUGGUGGUUUGCACGUAUUCUGAGCGCACAAAAGGCUUGCUGGACAGCCCCUCGUGAUGGGCUGAAGGAGUGCUCCGAACAGACCAGUUUCCAGGCACGAUCCCCUCGUCUUUUCCUGUUUGCCAAGCUGCCAUGGCAUGUCCUGAAGGAACCUGCAGAAGAAAUGCUGGCCUGGUUCCCACUUGGCCAGGCUCCCAGGCGUGACACUGAAGGUCAGUGGUUCCCUCCUGUGGAAUCCCAGUCCUCUUCCGCAUUCUAUUCCCUCCUUUUACCAGUCCCCUAAUCUGAGAGAUCAUGUGGGGAGAGGCAGGAGAGGGUGGGGGAGGAGAUUGUGAUGUAACCUCUGCUCCGGCGAAGUUACGAGACGGACAGCGCAGCGCCCGCAGCGCGCCGUGGGCUUUUGGUGGCUGCUGCUGGGACACCUCAAUAAGAGGCACGAAGAUCCACCCCAGCCGUGCGGGACCCCGCAGGUGAUGCACUCACCUCACCUGUGGAGAAGAAAGCCGAGCAGGGUGUCUGCAGCUCCUGGUUCUGCUGCCUCUGCGGGCACCCGGAGCGAGGCGAUCAGCGAGGGAUGCUCGGAGUCAGCCGCGCUGCUGGGGUGAGUCUGCUCCUUCUUCCUGGGCUUUCCCUGCACUUUGGGAGGGAGGGAAAGGAAGGGGAGUGAGCUGGAAUGCGUGCGGAUUGUUUGAGGGCGUUUAACCGUGUGGAAUCCCCGGUGGAUUGACUCCGUGCCAGCUGACAGUCCCCGGGUAAUCCCAGCGCUAGCAGGCUCUGCCCGGGUUACAGGGGCAUGUCUGUGUGUCAGGGUGGGGGUGGGACCCGCUGGGUGUGUCAGGGGAAUCGAAAAAGGGGUUUGACCUUUGAUUGGCUGCAGGAGAGAAAUUUGGAAAGAGAAAUUCGGAGAAGUCUGUCACCCGUGUGUGCAGGGGCGUGUUAAUCUAUGAGAAUUCAAGGGAGAAAAUGUGCUUUUCUCAAUACCAGCGGGAGAUGGGACUGGGAGAGACCUGGUCCUGUGUAUUUGCUAAUGGAGAGAACUGGAUCAGGUAACACGAGCUGUUGAAAGUAACUGCAGUAAAGUGUUUUCUAGGUGAACUUCUAAGUGAACUUCCACACUGAAAAUGUCUCCCUGCUAAAGGAAAGAAGGGGAGAGGAGGACCCUCAUAAGUAUUCUACUUUAAUAUAAUAAAUUGUAUAAUAUAUACAAGAUAAAACAAAGUUAAUGCAUAAGCUGGACCUCAGAAAGCCAAAGAACAAACGUAGCUCUGUUAACACCUCUGGAGCUGCAGCAGUACUGAAUUCACACCUAACUGCCUUCUAGCAUUGGGAAUAUCCAAGGAUGCCUGCAGAAGGAUGCAGUGAUGCCACCUGGUGUGUGUCCCACCUGGUGUGUGUCCCCAUGAGAAAGUUGUGACCGUAAUGCUUUACAGAAAAUACCGUGGGACUGAUUUCCCAGCACGGUACACGAAGCUCCUGGCUCUGAUAGUUCACAAGCAGCUACUCAGAGUAUUUUUUUAGAGGUGAGACUUCAACAAAAUAUCAAAAUUAAAUAAUAAAUUAUUAUUAAUUUGAUUAAAUAAAUAAAAUCUGGAAGUGAAAUAGUUAAUCACUGCACAGGGUUCUCUUCCUCCCUUUUUAAAAUGUGACUUUAAUCCUGGUCUAAAAUUUCAGUUCCUAGAAAGCAAUCUAUUUUCUUUCCCUUUAGCUGUGGUCCUGAGCCUUUGUCUAAGGAGCCUCCUUAGUUAAGAGUCAGUCAAGGCUGGGAUAAAUGGGGUUAAUAUGAUCCUGGGGAUGCUAAUUAUAAUUUCUUUCCAGGACUUAUGAUGGCUUCUACCUGGCAGAAAACUCAGGAAUUCUACAACUGGGUUCUUGAAAGUGGAGACCCGAGGACAGACCCAUGGCCCCUGGUCUACUCUCCCCUUCCAGUCACACUUCUCUUCUCCUCCUACCUCCUGGUCGUGGCUCUGGGGCCCCUCCUGAUGCGGCGGCGCAGACCCCUGGAGCUGAGGGGACUGCUGCUGGCCUACAACCUAGCCAUGAUGGCACUGUCCACCUACAUGUUCCACGAGUUUUUGGUAACUUCAGUCCUGGGCAACUACAGCUACCUGUGCCAGCCAGUGGAUUACAGCCAGAGUGAACUGGGAAUGCGGGUACAGUUCUACAGAAAACUGGAAUCAGGCCCUGCCCUCCCAUGGAUGGCAAGAGUGUGUUGGUGGUUCUUCUUCUCCAAAGUCAUCGAGCUGCUGGAUACGGUUUUCUUUAUUCUGCGCAAGAAACAGGAGCAGGUGACUUUCCUGCACGUGUACCAUCAUGGCUCUAUGCUGUUCAACUGGUGGUCAGGGGUCAAAUAUGUGCCUGGAGGACAAGCCUUCUUUAUUGGGAUGCUGAACUCCUUUGUCCACAUCUUCAUGUAUGGCUACUACGCCCUGGCCAGCCUGGGACCACGGAUGCACCGUCACCUGUGGUGGAAGCGCUACCUGACCAUCAUGCAGCUGUGCCAGUUUGUGGCCAUUGCUGCCCAUUCUUCCUACAACCUCUUCACAGAGUGCCCGUUCCCUGAUGGCUUCAACGCUGCGGUCUUCCUCUACAUCCUCAGCCUCAUGGCUCUCUUCCUACACUUCUACUACAGGACCUACGUUAGGGGGAAGCAGGACAAGCUCACUUAAAGAAAAUCUGAAAGAAAAUCAAGGAGGACACUGAGCACAGGCUGAGGAACUUGCACGUUCUCUGCUGCUUGUGAGGCGGUUGCAGGAAAAAAAUGUGUUGUGGGGAGCGUGUGUGAGGCUCGUGUGCUGCCUUCAAACACCUCAAGGUAGGGAGAGAAAAGGAAUGACAAAGGAAUGACAAAGCCAGGGAUGAAGGUAUUGAGGAGCUCGUUUAGUAAGGCUGAGGCAAAGCUAAGCCCAGUAGUCCCCAGCACAGCAGAAUUUAUGAAAUCAGCACAGGAAUGUCUUUUUCCCUUCCAUCAGUGUCCAAGGUCUGGCGUCCAACCACAACUCCCCUGUCCCGUUUGUUAGGCUGUAGAGGGUUUCUUUGCAUUAACAAAUCUAUCUCAGCUUGCUGCUCUAGAUCAGGCAGGGCCACGUGCCUCCAGCCUUGUCCAAGCAGUGUCCAAGUAGCCAGGACCUCACUGGGAAUGCAGGAUGCACUCAGCUGUCCACUGCAUCCCAAAGCUCCUGCUGGGAUUGGGGUGAAAUACAGCUGGUGCUUACCCUGGUGGUUUAACUUUAUGUAAGCACGAGCAUGAAGGAAGUUGGGCAUUGUGUUGUCUGGCUGGACAAGUGCCUUCACUGUCCUGAAGUGAAAGAAGGCAUUUUUAACGCUUUCAUCCUGAGGAAGUGCAGUAAGAACUACCAUGUACCAUUUUCUGGAAUGCUUAUUUGCCUUUGUUUGCUCUCAUAACAACAGAGAACGUUCAAUGCAUGAAGGCUACUUGGUAUUGCUCCUUAUAGGUGCCAUAAUUUUACUAGAAAGAAUGGACUGAGGUUUCCUAUUCAUAACAUUUUUCCUCCAAUUUUUUAAUUAUUUUUAAUAUUUUUUUUUUUAAUUUUGCUUCUCAGCAAGCAUAAAGAGCUUAACAACACCAUAAGCAACCACCUCCACUACCUAAUAUUUGUAUUAAUACAAAGUGUAUAAAAGUCAAUUCAUUGCCUAGUGCAAAGCUGCAGAGCUCCACUGACUUCAACAUACCCUUUACUGGCUUCUUUUUUGCUCCUAAAUCCAUUACAGCUAGAAUUUUGCCCUUAUAUUCAUCUUCAGACAGUUAAAUGCCAUUGAAGUGUUGACGUGGCAAUGCUUUGAAAAGCCUAAAUUCAGAUGUUAAACCACGAAGUGGCAUUUAUUUAUUGCACUCUGCUUUGCUGAUUGAAACUGGGUACAGAGUAGCGAUAUUUUCGCAGUUGAAACACAAAGGUCUUGAAGGAGAGGAUUAGAAUCAGUAAGAUGGUGCAUUACUAUUGCCAAGCCAGAUCCACCUGGAAUGUAAAGAAAUCCAGCUCCACUGGGAACGUCCAGAGGACUGUGAACCACUGUGAACCACAGUGACACACCUUAAACAUCAUUCCUUUGGUUUGAAGAGUCUUUUUUCUGAUUGUCACUGGUGAGUAUGGAAAGCAGAGCAGGGCUCAUUUUUACAUCAGUGUAAGCUGGUUUUCUCCCUGUCAAAUAUUUCCCCCGUGCUAAUUACUAAAUAAAGGGUCCUGCUUUUGCGUGCUGGAACUCUGCUUUUGUUAGAAUUUUAAGUAGCAAAACUCUGGGUGGGUCCUUCAUUCUUUCCUUCGGUUGGAAAGGCAGGAAAAAAAAAAACACACCUGCAGUGUAUCUCCCAUACUGUGCUCAUUUUGAGGGUUUCCCCUGGGGCCUCUGCAGUGCAAGUAAAGCUGUUUCAUUACCCCUGUCUACGUAAAUACUCCCUUACAACCCUCUGCUGCUUAAACCAUCGGUACAUUUUGCCCUCUGAUUUCAUGGUAGAGCAUAAUUUCCUGCAGCUGGGUGAAUUAUCUGUGCUUACCAGGCAAUCAAAUGCUCUUUUUCAUAUACAUGGGGGGAUCAUGAGUAGGUCCCAACCUCGGCUUCCCCUCACAUAAACUUUUCCAGAUUGCAGUGGCUACUUCCAAGGGCUUCACUAAUAAUUUUAUACCAGAGUAGGCAUCACAUGUUUCGAUUUUCCUUGAUUCAUUCAUAAUUCACAACUGCUUAAAGAUUAGAAAAAAAAAUUUGAAUGAGAUUACUCAAUGCUUUUGCAAAUCCAUUCCUUCUUAAAAUAUGUAUGUUUGUAAACAUGCCAUCUAGUUGGGUUUUUGGUUGUUGGUGGUGGUGGUUUUUUGUUUGUUUGCUUGUUUGUUUUUUUAAAGCAGACUGUGCAGCUUAAUUUGUAUCUGUGUAUGACAGAGCUUCCUGCAAUGGAUUCUGGAGUGUGACUGGCCACAUAGCUGAUCACAAAAAUACAAAAGUGUGAAUUUGUCACCUGACAACUUCAAAUAAGUGGCUGGUCACCCAAAUCAGACGCCACUGACAAUAUUUGUCCUAGACAUGCAACCUCUGAUCUACCCAUUGCUGUCCCUCUUCCUCACAGCCUGAAUGGGGGGCCUGAACUUGCAUUUUUGAAUUGGUAAGAGGUUUUUGUCAGUGCCACUUUAACGGUAUAGGAUUAAGAUGAAGUAUUUUCAGUUGACUGAGAAGGAGGGAUUAAGUUUGCCCAGAAACACCACAGAGGAAUAGGCAUUGGUGUGGAGUACAAGCCUCACAGAAGCAUUGAUGCAAGCAAAAUUCACUUGUGAGAGCAUUUGCACUAGCAGGGCAGAUAAAAUUGGAUUGGUGCUGCAGGUCUUGAUGCUUUAUUCCUUCAGAGUUCACUUAUUUGUCUUCAUUCCAUUUUAAACUGGGUUACCACAGUUAGAACUGUCCACCUGGGCCAUCCUGUCGUAACAAGAGCAAAAACUUGAGAGUACAGGUACGUGCCCCUGGAAUUUGACAGGAAAUAAAGGCACAGAGUGGGAUUUCCCCUCUCAGAUCGAGUCCCUGGAGAUGAAGAUCACCCCCCACAGCAAAGCACUGGAAGUCAAAAGGGCUGGGAGUUGUAAACUGCAAGUUUGGACGGCUCGUGCUCUCUGGCAGAGCCCAAAGCUUCGAGGAUGAAUUGAAAACAUCCUGUGGCAGCUGGAUUUGUAAAAAACCUCUGGGCCAAAUGCUGAUUCCCCCAGUAUCAGUCACAAAGCCUGCAGAAUUCUCUGGAAAGGAGCUGGCACAGCUGUGUGGGAAACAACACGCUCAGCUCCACGGCCGGGUUUGCUGUGAGCAGCCUGGGGUGCCACUCAAGCUGAACAGAUGACAUUUAAGGGCACCCCCUCAUAAAAUGUGGGUCAUUGUAGUUCUCAGAGCAGUUUACAUGAACAAGAUGUGAGGCCUAAUGGAAGUAGUCUGUUUAAAUGAACAAGCUUGAUACCUGCUAGCGCUCAGCAUCUUUCCUCCUGUUCCAGUCAAUGUAAAUUAUGGAUGUUCUGAUCAAAUUACCUCUGAAUUAACCAGACCAUUUAUUCAAUGCUUACUUUCUGUCUGAAGAUAAAUGAGAGGGAUUCUCAUUUUAAUCAAAACAAAAUACAGAAAAGAAAAUCAAUUACUAUUUAAUGCUUUUUCCAUCCCCGUGUGAUGGAAAGUUUCCAGAGGGAAACUUUCGGGCUUAAAAUUUCAAAGCAAAGGCAGGAGCAUAGUUGAGUUAUAACUAUUGGAUUUUUAUAUGUUAUCAGAAAAUAUGGCUCUGUGUGUUUGUUUGUUUUAUUUUUAAAAAAGGCCAAAGAAUUACUCUAAACAAUUAAUCAAGCAAAAGCAGAAUGCAGCAGAUUGCUUCGUACAAAAAAAUAAAAGUCUGUUGAUAGAGAUGUAAAGCACCUACAAGCCAGCAACCCUAUAUAUAGAACAGUGUGAAUGUGCUGAAUUCAUUAAUGAAUAACUUCAUGGAUUAGGGCUUGAUAGAUGGAGUGCUCACAUCCAGAUGUUUACUGUGAUUUUUUUUCAAUGGCCUUGUACUUAAUCCUCCUGAACAGGAAAUACAGAGUCUUUUCCCUGGGGUCUCUCCUGGGGACCGUGGCAGUCUCUCUCUCUGGCCUGAAUCGUCUCAACACGGGAUCAGGCUGCGAGGAAUUAUCCAAGUGGCGGGGGCAUGGAUUUGCCUUUAACCCCUUCGGUGUCUUCUCUGCUUCCCAAGAUUUCCUCACCAUCUGCCACAAUGGCACCGUUAUUCAGUCAACACAGGGAGAAUUAAAAAAAAAGGAGUCGCCCCUCGAGGCGCGUUUUUGGGGUCCCUGUCUCUUGUGGGGAAACCCAGAGUCCCUCUGCCACAGAGGAGCAGGGGGGCCGUGGGCAGAUGGAGCCUCGAGGCCGGUGUGCAUCGCUCCACAUCUCAGCAUUUCGUGUUUAUUUUUGUGGCGCUGCUACUCACUGUCAGUCAUGGGGCUGGCUUUGGAGGGAGGGUCUGUGAAAAGACUUGGCUGACCCUGAGGUGUCCCCAGCCAGGUGCACCAGAGGGUGUGCAGCGUGUGUGUAGGUGUGUUUGGGUGUGGGUAGGUAGAAUCACAGAAUGGCCUGGGUUGGAAAGGGACCUUAAAGAUCAUCUUGUUCCAACCCCCCUGCCAUGGGCAGGGACACCUUCCACCAGCCCAGGUUGCUCAGAGCCCCAUCCAACCUGGCCUUGGACACUUGCAGGGAUGGGGCAGCCACAGCUUCUCUGGGCACGUAUUUUUCACGUCCCUGACAUGAUGGCUCUGCUGGGCAUAAGGAUGUGAUCCUUGUUUUCUCCCCAUGGAAAUGUUGGUAAGUUGGGUUGUGGAUACAGCCUGCCUUUAGGUGAAAGAGAAUCUCCAGCUUGGACAGGGUUUCUUCUGCAAAACUUGUAUGAACCUCUCCUAGGUGUCAGCUGGUAAAGUCGGGAAUCUUAAAAGGAUUGGAUUUAGGCAACCCCUUGCUGCUGCCUAGCCAGGUGAGUCCCACUUGUCCAGCCUCAGGAGAAAACCUGCAAAUGAGGCUGUGGGAUAAAUCACUGAUGGCACCGUGUGGAAAAGAAUGGGGGCGAAAAAAAGCGACAUCCCAGUCAGGGGACAGGACAGCAGGUGUUAGAACUGGAUUAGGAGAUCUGAGUGGCAGUGGGAGGUGGAGAGAAUGCUGAAAUUUGGUGUGGAUGUGCUGGAGGGUUAGGGACUGAUUUCAUGUGUGCAUGUGCUUAGGGUAGAAGUACUUCUGGCUAAAUCACUGGGGACAAAUAAAGUCUUCAUCAGGGAGUGCCUGGUUAAAACAUUAACAGCACAUCUCAGCACUUGAUAUGUUUCCCCAUUCUGCAUGUCAUCCUUUCUCUCCAGUACCUUGGCUUUUCUGCUGAUAGGACUGCUCUUCAACAGAGAGUUUGGGGUGUUUACACCAAACUCAAAAAAUGAAGGCUAUUAAAUAAAACUUGCCCUUUAAAAUUCCCUGCUUGGAACAGAUGUUUCUUCCCCUUUAGCAUCAUCCUCCCACUUUCUCCUCACUCUUUUCUCCCCACUUCCUUUGUACCCACAUCUGCAGAUGCCACACUAGAUUCUCAGAACUGGUAAAGCUGCAAAGUAAGUAGUCACAAAUUACUCAAAUGCUCUACAAGCAGCUGAAAUUUCCUGAGAUGUCAGUUAAUAACAUACAUUUUCUUCAUAGGGUUUUCUGUGAGGCUUUCAUCCUGAUGAAUUUGGGCACUUUAGCAUAAUCCCAUCUGCCUGCAAAUUCAGGAUGUGAACACUGCAAGACAGUGCUCACAAUUUAGACAGGCUAGAAACUUGGUUUGAGGGGAGAAUUUAAAUUCAGCGUAGUCUCUCCCAGGCAUUCCCUAUUAUUAAUGAAGGAGUGACAGAAUGGAUAGAACCAUCUGAGAGGCAGCAAGUUUACCAGCCCUCUGUGCACCUUGUUGUGCUCUGUGUGGUGCCCACCAUCACAGAUGUCUGGGGAGGUUUCCUCUUGAAAUAUUAUUAUUCCUGAGGCAAUGUUUGGAGGGAGAAUGCCUUGCAUUGUAGGAGCUGACAGAGCUGGAAAACCAGAUUAAUUUUCCAGUGUGGAAGCCCUUCUCUGGUUAUAAUCCCUGACAUGCUUUGACAACAGACCAGCCACUCCUUGUUGGGGUGCACAGGUGUGUCUGUGGCGUGUUUGUAUUUAGUGUGGACUUUGCUAGUCCCAGGGGCUGCUGUAAUACAUUUUGCAGGUUCAGUGCCUUAGUCCAUUAAAUAGCUUUAAAUCACAGGGCCAUUCUUUUCAAAGGGGCUGCUCUUUAAUCAAACUUACCUGUGAGUUUGCUUCUAGGAAUUAUUUGUGUGAGUAAAGCGGUCCUUUACAUCACUGGCACGGUGGCAGAACAGGUCUGUGAUUCUGUGCUCAGUUCUCAGAGGGAAAUUACAGAACAUGGGCAAAUCACCACUUACAGAAACCAUCUAAUGCAAUUAUGGUUUUCUAUUUUGGCACUGCCUUUAAUAUCUUUGGGCAUAUUUCAUACACAGAGGCAAUGUUUUAAAUUAAGGGUAAACCACUGUGCAGGGUGAAUCUAUGUAAACUGCUUGAUGGAGUUAUGAAUAUUGCCGUAAGGAUUCAGGAAAAAUGCCACUGCAGCGAUGCCAAAUGGAAAGCAAAGUGGUUUUUCACUUAAUUUAGUAUUUACACUCAAUUUCGUCAGAAACCCAGAAACUCCACAAGAGUGGAGUGGUGUACAUGGAUAUAGCUACUCAUCCUACAGUAUUUAUAUACAUAUUUAGUAUAUUCACCUGUAGACCUUGAGUAGAAUGGAUGAUUUCACGCUUUGAAUAUAAAAAGUGAGUUCUUUACUUGUAUUGCAAUACUGAGCUGUAACUGAAUUCGUUGUGCAAAGCUGCUUCGAUUCCUUUUCUCUAAUAAAAUGUGCAUUUACAGAAA